ACGUGUUGUGUGUACAGUGCGGAGCUGCAGCGUGAUGGCGAAGAGGCCGACGAAUAAACUGGCUGGACCGGCUGGCCGGGCCGUUGAGGGCCCUGGACGCCCCCGCGGAAAGGUGAAGAAAAAGAUGAAUUCCAAACCCAAGGACUUGGACACCCAGGAAAUCCCUUUUAAGCUUCGAGAGAUUAUGAAGAGCCGGAUUCAAAUGAACAAACCGAAAGGAAAGAAAAAGAGGAAGCCAGUGCCGAGACAAGGGCCGCGAAAUGAGGAGUUGCAGACGGACAUUCCGGUGCCCAAGUUCAAGAGGGAAAGAAACGAGUCGGUUGGCGGUUACUUCAACCGCAUGAACCGGGAAACGCAGCAUGUGAUCUUCCUCACCAAGAACCAGGUGGACCGCUGUCCUGAGAUGGAGCUGGACGACAAGGGGAAGCUUCCGGAGAAGGAAGAGGAGGAGGAGGAGGAGCUGAAGGUCACCAAGAAGCAGAAGUCUGAAAAGAGGAAGGAGUAUGAUCGGAAGUGUUUGGAUAAAUUCGUUAAGAAGAGAGAAGAUAAAAAAGUGGCUCGUCUGGAAGAAGAAUUUUUCAAAGAUACAGUGAUGUUCGGUGAAGUAGCGAUGGAGCCCCCGUCUCUCACAGUAAAGCCAAGAAAAGGUGCAGCGCAAACAAAGCCGGGAGAAAAACAGCUUUUCCUGAAAAAAUUCUUCGACCAAGGAAGCAAGCCAGCGAGUGCCCCUCCUGUGUCCAUGGCCAGGAAGAGAAUCAUAGAGGAGGAACGGGAACGCGUCAUCAAAGCCUACCGGGAGCUGAACAAGAAAAAACAUCAGCAAGCUGCAGAUUCCAAGCCCCCCAGGACUCGGCACACAUGAGGGACCAUCACUGGGGUUAUGUGGACAGUUUUCCAUCAAGCUGCACAAU